UAAUUCUCACCUGGAGCCUCUUGAAGAUUAAGCAGAGUGGUGUAUCUCAUGACAGAUGAGAGCACAGUCUGAGAGGACUGUUCAAGACUGGCUGCUUUCUAAGGAACAAGUUUCCUAAGAAAACCGGAAUACCGUGGAAAUGCCUCACCUGAACUUUCCAGACCAGAUUAACAUGGACCGUCCGAUGUAAAGGAUUUUACAGCGCCGAACAAGGAAACUGAGGGAUCCCGAAGUUACAGGCUGCGCAAUGUCAUCUGGCCGUGAGUCUGUAGGGGAUCUGAUUCCCCCAGAUAUGCUGCAGGUGUUCCAUGAGGAGUGGCAGGGUGGCAGGGGCAAACGGGGCAGGAGAAGGGCAGGAUCCUUCAGCCGUGCUUUCAAGUGGUUGAAGAGCCAGCGCAGGAAAACUCACCGACGCACUACAGAGAUUCAUGGAGACCUGCUCGCCACUGGAUCACCUGUAGAACUACCAAAAUCUACACUUAUAACAGGCCCUAAAGAAGCAGUUGUGGGUGCUAUUUCUGUUCAGGAGUUCCAAGAAAAUGUGUUUGUGGAGGGUAAUCGGCCUAAAUAUGCGUUGGACCUGCAAACAGAGGCCCAGCAGGGCCUUAAAAUGCAGCAGCAAGAGGAUGAUAGGAAUGGGAUUGAUUACCCUGAUGACCAAAGUAUGAUUUCAACAGUAACAGCUCAGACUGAAGACAGCAUGGCCUUCAGUGAGCUGAGAGGCUUUGAGUCUGAGAGCACAGCUGCUGAUUCUGUUUCGAUGCGCUCAUCCAUUUCCUCACGAUCAACACGCUCAGGACUCAAACGCCAAGCCUCAACAUUCAGACCUCUGAAGCCAGAUAAGACUGCAGCGAAGUCAAAAUCUCAUUGGAGACAUGUGAGAACUGUUGUAGGAAUUCCUCGACACAUCCAGAGAGAACUGGGGUUGGACAGGGCAGCAUGGAUCACCACCAAUCCUCUUGAUGGUCAGCUGUCCAAUGGAGACAUGAUCAUACCCGCCAUCAUUUCCACUGUGGAUGGUGUGUCUUCCAGCUCUGAACAAGAAAGUGUACAAGACCAUCUACAAGGCGUGCAGAACAUGUACACAGUUAAAGAAAACAACACAGAGCUCCCCACACUGACAAAACCCAAAGAUGACAUCCUCCAAGGGCUCAUGAACCAUUCUGUAGAUCCAGAAAAGUCAGGAGCAGGCAUUCUAGGUGUUCCUUGGACAGAGAACCCAACCAGUGUGGUGAUGUCCAUCUCACCUCAGGCCACAUACAUGUCUAAAAUCAUUCCAAAUGCUGUUCUUCCACCAUCUGUGGAUGUUGUGGAACUCAGUCGCAGCCAAAGUCGCAGCAGUGUCCGAACCGUCAGCAAGAGCAGUCUGGUGUCAGCCAGCCCAGCAUCCACACGUGCUUCCUCCAGAGUCUCUUCACAUCGUUCCACAACCUGCUCGAACUACUCUGGGUGGAGCCACUCAGGAUCAUCAGAAACGCUAGUAUCCGAUUCUUCUACCAUCUCCAGCAGUAGCACUCCCCGUGUGGCCAGCAGAGGGAGUCAGGUUGAGAACAUGGAUAGACCAGCCAAGCUGAACAAUGAUGGUUCCCAUGUUAAAACUACUCAUGUGAAUGGGGGCUCUACAGAGGAGGAGGAUAGCAGAAAAACAGGAUCUGCUGCUGCUUUCACACGUAACCUAUCAGUGAUUAAAUGGGGAAAGAAACCUCCAGCUCCUCCCAGCAGGUCAUACUCUUUAUACAAUGUGAAACAGGCCUGGAAGGCAUCUGAGAGUAAUAACUACUUGGCUGAUGUCAGCACUCCAGAUGAGUCACCAUACCCUGGUGUAAUUUCUAUAUCUAAAACGAAGGCCACCGCUCACGAGUUGAGCCCUAAGAUAGGCAUACUUCCCUCCAAUGGACCCACAACUGUCACAUCAAAGGAGAGCCAGCCAGUUGGCACAGACAAGAAAAUUAUGUUAGCUGAGCUUAAGAUAUGCAGAAAUAACCUUCAAGUGUCUUCCAUUGAUGCACCCCAUUCAUACACAAAUGGCACCAGUAAGCUUGCUGAACUUAAGAACACCCUUUUGUCAAAAUGCCUAAUUAAUAGUAACAGUUCCUCCCCAGCUGUAAUGGCUCUCCGAUCUCUGUUAGAGAUUCCCACCCAUCCCAAAGUACUGGCUCCGCCAGCUCCUCCUCCUGAGACCUGGGCUCACAACCAGCGGACUUUUGAACUGCUGUGUGGACCAGGACCUGUUAACUAUGCACGCUGGGCCAAAAAGAGAGGUCUUAAAAUAGCAGAUGAACCAGAUGUAGCCUUGGCAAAUGCUGACAGAGUAAACGCAACAUAUCUAUUGCAGCCAGUAGAGAUAAAAGGUAAAAUUGAAUCCAUAGCUCCACUUGCUUGUGUUGCCCCAUCUCCAUCACCUCCCCCAGAACAUUGCCCACCAAUACCAUUCAACAGCCAAGCCAAACCUCCUCCGCCCCCUCCAGAUUUUGUUCCUUCAACUCCUACACUAGCUGCCAAAGCAAUAAAGGACUUAACUACUUGGAUCCCUCCACCUCCUCGGUUUCUUCCUCCGGCGCCUCCAGUAGGUACGGCUUCGGCAACUCCUGUCGCUGUGCAAAAUGAUACCGACUUCCCUCCACCACCCCCACCAUUUUCGCCACAGUCUUUACUGACAAUGCCGCAAUUACCUCCAGAUAUUCCACUGCCACCACCGCAGGAAGUUCCACCUCCACCAAGGCCACCUUCUGAACCACAGAAAAUCGCAUCCCCUCCACAAGAAUCCCAACCUUCAACACACAAUGUGUUAGUAACAUCAUCUGAAACUUCUCAACAAAUCAAUGUUCCUCCACCUCCUCCACUACUCACUGAUGUAAGAUCUCAACAAGUCGGUGUUCAUCCACCUCCUCCACUGCUCACUGAUAUAGGAUCUCAACAAGUCAGUGUUUCUCCUCCUCCUCCACUGCCCACUGAUGUAAGAUCUCAACAAGUUAGUGUUUCUCCACCUCCUCCACUGCCCACUGAUGUAAGAUCUCUACAAGUCAGUGUUUCUCCUCCUCCUCCUCCACUACCCACUGAUGUAAUAUCUCAGCAAGUCAGUGUUCCUCCUCCUCCUCCACUACCUAGAAAUGUAAAAAGGGAGGAAAGACUAAAGACAACAGAAAUGGAGAAACGGACAAGCAGUCCCUCUCCGGCCAAAGAGGAGACUUCUGGUCUUGUGGUCACCCAGUCUCUCCUACAGAUGGUUCGUCUUAGGUCAGUUAAGUCCAAUCUGAGCCAUGCUGUAGAUCCUGAUAAACCAUCACAACCCAAACCAAAAUCAAGUGUCAAUCAAGAGGCACCUCCAAAGCCAAUCAGAAGGUCUUUGAUUAUGACAUCACUGCCCCCUGAUGUGGAAGCUCUUUCCAACACAGAGCAAAAAACUGAAGCUCCGUCCCUCAACACAAACACAACCACAACCACUGUAUCAAGUACUCAGCAAGGAUUAUCUGAACGAGAAACUCAAUCAAAUAACAUUGCUCAAGAAACCGAUAACACAAUACUUGAGCCAAAAUAUUCAUUAGAUACAUGUCCACCUACCGAACCAAGUAACAAUCCAGCUCCUGCUGAACCAGCAACUAAACAACCCUGUGCUGAAAUAAAACUCAAACCCAAAGCCCUCAUGGAACAAAUUCAACCUAUAGCGCCUGAUUUAGCAACCCUGCCAAGCACAACGGAACCAAAGGACCAAUCAAUCAGUGAGCCAAAGGCUCAACAUCAAGCACAAGAACCCAACAAGACCACACAUAAUUCAGAGAAGCAAUUAAGCACUGUUGAAAUGCACUCAAAGCUAGAUGGUGAGCAGCCAAAAACCCAAACACCAAUGCCCAUUGUCUCUUCCACACCUCCCAUAAUCUCUUCGCCAGCUAACCCCUCCAUGCGUCUCCAGGAUGCCAUUCGUCUAAAGGCUGCCACUAUGUCUUCAAAAGACAACCAAGCCAAGCGCUUUGGUCUGUGCUCCCCUCCCCCAGCCAUGGCUAGUGGCACCGCUGUACCAAACUCCCCUGCAUCUACAGCCAGCUUCAUCUUCUCCAAGAGCCCAAAGAAGGUCGUAAUAGAGACACCGUCAUCCUUAGAGGUUCAGGGUGACCUGAGGAAAACUCUGGUGGCAGAGUUAGCAUCUGUCUCCGAUUUAGCCAAGUCUAAUGACUCGCACAAGAUGGCUAACAAAGUUCCUCCACCUAUUGCUAAGAAACCCAACACUAAGGUUGAGAGCGUUGCUCAGAACUCUGCAGAGGCUGAAUCUGUAGCCAAGACUGAGCAUGUGUAAACAGAAACUGUACAAACUGCCGGACAGGAAGUACAGAGAACUCUGAGAAUAGAAGUGAAUGAAUAUGUGCACAAAUGAUUUAAUAACCCUUAAGUUUUUGCUUUAUUUCGCAGAUAAAUCAGGCUUUAGAUCCUAGGCCCAAACUGCUCAAGCAAUUUUGAAAUAUACCAAAAAAGUCUUUAUGUACAGAUAGGCAUAUUGCACUUUUUGUACACUGGUUUAGUGUAACUGAUUCUCAUUCAUCAUGGGAAUGCACUUCACUGGUAUUUGGAAAUUAUAAAUAUUCUUAUUUUAUUUAUGUGUCCUCAGUCUUAAACAGAAGCCAUGCUACCUUCCAGUUUAUGGAACUCCUCCCUACUGGUAGCACUGUAAUAACUGUGGCAACAUAGCAGGAACGCACCAAAAGAGAAGUUUGUAAGUUUAUAAAAUAUAGAAUAUGACCAAUCAAUCUCUAUGGUGGAUUUUUACAGUUAUUAAUGAAUGCCUGAAUAUGAGAGCAGUACGAAAAGAAAUGAGGGUAAAGAAUGUAA